AUGACUGCCACCGAACGACCACCGAUUCAACACAUCGACGAGGCUUCCUUCAAGGACGUCGCCAGCCGCGUCGCCUACCUGAAGGCUUUUCUCAAAUUCACCGACGAAGACGGCGCUGCUCUAAAUGCCGCAAAACCAGUCAUUGCACCUGCCAUCCCUGCCGUCCUUGACACCAUCUACACCAAUCUUAUCUCGUUUGACGUUACUGCCAAAGCCUUUGUCCCCCGCCAACCCGAACAGGAUGAGCAUGACCCAGCGGCAGCCACGGUCGAGGACCUCACGCUGACCCAUCCCAAUAUCCUCCACCGCAAAGACUUCUUGAAGCUUUAUCUCGUCAAGCUGGUUAGCAACACGGACUGGUCGGACAACAGCAAAUUCUGGGACUACCUCGACAAAGUCGGUCUGAUGCACACAGGCGAACCUGGCUUCAAACACCGCAGCAAGCGACCACAGCUUCGAGUUGAGCUGAUGCACUGCAGCGCAUUGCUGGGAUUCGUCGAAGAUAUCGUUCUCAAUGCAGUCAUGGGUGCACAGGAUGUCGAUCUACCUACGAAAACCAAGAUUAUCCGUGCAUUCAACAAGCUCCUCUGGAUCCAGAAUGACCUGUUCUUGAAGCAAUAUACGCCAGAGCCAUGGAGCGAGAAGAAAGAGACGAACGGACACUGA